CCCUACCAGUGUGCUCAAAGUACACUGGCGAGGCAGCUGCCGACUCUACAAACAGCAAACGGGCAGCUACGAAUGGUAGGUUUUGGCGUUUGCUCUUAGUCAGGAGCCCGUAGGAGUCUCUCUGCCUCAGGUUCUCAGGACUCAAAGGGCACUUGGUGCCCUGAGAGGGGGCUGUUGAAGCAAACCAACCUCUGGGGUUAAGUAAAAUCAGUUUGUGUGAAGGUCUGUGGAGGAGGGGAGGAGGGAACAGGCAGCAGUUAGUGGGAGGUGGGAGGCCACGGUGGGGCUCCUGCUCUUCUCAAGAAGGAGACGAAGCAGUUGCCAGGAAGCUGGGAAAGAGGAGGAGAUGGCCACUGGAGAAAUCACAACACUUCCCUCUACACCUGAAGACGGCGGCAGCGGCGGAUUUCCUCCUGGGAGCUUCAAGGACCCCAAAAGGUUGUACUGUAAAAACGGUGGCUUCUUCUUGAGGAUAAAGUCUGAUGGGGGAGUGGACGGAAUCCGGGAGAAAAACGACCCCCACAUAAAACUUCAACUCCAGGCGACCUCAGUGGGGGAGGUGGUCAUCAAAGGAGUUUGCGCUAACCGAUAUCUGGCAAUGAACAGAGACGGACGACUGUUUGGAGCGAGACGAGCGACGGAUGAAUGCUACUUCUUGGAGCGGCUCGAGAGCAACAACUACAACACCUACCGCUCCAGGAAGUACCCAAAUAUGUACGUGGCGCUGAAGCGGACUGGCCAGUACAAGUCUGGAAGCAAAACUGGACCGGGUCAGAAGGCCAUUCUGUUUCUUCCCAUGUCUGCCAAGUGCUAAUGUGGGAGCCGACGGAGAGAUACUGAAGUCUUAGUGGAAACGACGAAGGAGAAGAUGUGACGGCAAUGAAGACAGCGUUCCAUCAACAUUGCCCAAAAUAGCUGUGAUGCUCGACUGUUAUAUCCUAACAGUUCCUUUUGUUUUUUUUUCAUCCUGAACACGUCUGCUAUUAUUCAGCUUUACUUUGAAACAGUGCCACGCAUUGAUACCUGGCUGUAAAACCAGAAUUUUACUGUCAGCACUGCAGCACCUGGAGUCAGGUGAGCUGCUCAAGUGCACCUCAGUUGAAUGGCAGCACAGCACAAUUUCCUUCUUCUACCUACAGAGCCUCCCUCUCUGGUAUUCACAGCAAAAGUCUGCUUUCUAACCUUUCAUCUAUAACAGUAUAACCUGCAGUCCUAAUUUAACUGCAGUGUCUUAUUUCUUUUUUAAAUAAUGUGUAAAAUAUUGAAGUAUUUAAGGAUUCUGGAUCUGGUAUUUUAAAACGGCAUUUGGCAAAACACAAACUAAGCACAGCAAACACACAAAAUGUAAAAGCCAAGAGCUGCUUAUACAGAUUAAAAACAACUUUUUUUUUGACUAUUCAGUAUCAGAUCAGAAUCAGUAAUACUUUAUCGACCCCAGAGGGGAAAUUGCUUAAGUUAGAGUUGCAACAGUUUUCACUCUUCAAUUAGGCCCAGUUCAACAGUCAAUGAUUUUAACUGUAUUUUUUUUAACUGGCUAGUGGGCUAACUUAGCAAGGCAGCCUGCACAAUUGAUAAUAUUAUAUUUAUAUACUAGCCGUAGCAUUAGUUCUCUGAGGAGCUAUUCAGCUAAAACUGGUGUUUAGCUAGCUAUCAACAUAAAAAGAUCUGAACUCAACCGUGA